AUGGAAUCUCACGCCCCAGAAAGACGAGAACCAUUCUGGUCCUAUUUCAGCACCCUGGUCCGUAGAAUGAAGCCCCUUCCACACGGGAGCCCCGCCUCCUCCGAAGUAACCCCGUUCCGCGAGGAAGCCUUCACAACAGGCGUGAUAAACCUGCACGGCUGCACCAGUGUUAUGAUCAUCACGGAGAAAGGCAUCUACAACUCCCAUUUCUGGGACGGCCCAUCCUUCUCCCAGAGCACCAUCCCAAUCCGUGGCCCGGUAAUCUUCGAAGAUGACGUCCUACACCCGAUAAAGCACGGCCUCAGCUUUCUCACCUCCGAUGGAACCCUCCGCGAAGGACCCCCGGCAUGCAACCAAAUCAUCAAAGACGACGACGAGCCCCUCGCGUUCAUAUUUAGUCCGAAGCAACGGAACUCGCUGUGCAUGCAGUAUCCUGUGCAGAUAGCUGACAUCGCUCGCGCGCUCCGGGAGGUCUUGCCCAGUGUCCGUGUGAAGGUUGUGGGGUAUGUUAAUGUUGGUCGGAUGGACCCAGUUCUUGGGGAUUCGGAUCAUAUUGAUCCCAACUGUGGAGAUAUUGGGCAGCUGGAGGGGAAGGUGGUGGUUGAUUAUCAGCCUAGGGCUAUAAUGCAGGAUGGGAGGGAGAGUUCGACGGUGGAUAUUUGGAUUGGGGAUGAGGAGGAAAGGGUCUUUAGGAAGGAGUGGGCGAGUGGGGAGUUAGUUGAGUUGGGGGUUUGUGCUUGUUGUUGUGGUUGUUUAAGUGAAGAUCUCGUGAGGUGA